CUCUGAAGGUCCGACUCCCUCGAUUUGUUUUGGACUAAAUCUGGGAUUUAUCGACUAAACCGAUGCGCAGAUUAUCUUUGUACUAACGGAAAUCUCCUUGUUCUCCUGAGCCAUUGUGGGAUUUCCGGAGCUGGAAGGGAAAUCUCUGCUUUGGCUGGAACAAAACUAGAGAUGGGAAGAGAACUAGUUGCAGAAGUCGAGUUCGCGUAGUCCUGGUUUGGGUAAAUGUUCCUGGCUGUUUUUGGACAUGUUGGAGGAAAAGAAAGCAGUCGGAUCUCCGCAGGAGAGAAAAACUUCAAACAUCAGCAGGAAGAAAAUCCAGAGCUUCAACGCAGAAAACGCCAACGUUGCCUCAACCAACGGCAACGUCAGCAAUUAUCCACAAAGCUUUUCUUUGCUUUUGGAGAAUUGCGCCCCGUGUCCUGCUCCAGGGGUCCUAACAACCCCACUUCUCAGCGGGCUUCCUGGGAGCGCGCCACUGACAGGAAGGCAAGCUGCUUCUUUGCAGUUGGCCCAGCUGAAGGCUCAGCUAGCAUUAACGCAGAUGAACAAUGUUCUCGCUGUUGGUGGCUGUGCUCCAACCUUGACAUCAAACACCCACAUACCUGCUCCGGGAUUGCCCACAAAACCACCUUCGCCGACUGCUGUGGCCAUCAAUCUCCUGAACCUUCUGAAAAUUGCCAACACUAUGUCUCAUCCCAUGUAUAAUCCCUUUGCCCCUGGCAAACAGAUGCCAUCCCAGGGACCUUAUGGACUCUCUGGUGGGCAAAUGGAGAUGGACCCUCGGAGGCCACCGCCUCACUUUAGCUCUGGUUCCAACUUCAGCUCUUCUGGAUCUUCUGGUCUUACCUGUGGACCCUCUGGAGGACCUAUACCGUCCAUUAUGUCUUUACCAGGAAACUACAGACCCGAGAGAAAUAAGAUUACUGUAGAUGAAGACAUAGACAGAUGUUUGGACUUGAAUAUCAGUAGAGCCAGGGAGGAGGUGAUACAAACUUCCUCAAGCCAAAAUACCCAAUUUACUAACGUUCAAAGAGACAUAUUUCCUUCUUCAUACAAAGGAAUGCCUUCAUAUUUGACAUCUUCUGCUACUCUAGUAAACAAACCCUUUACUGUGGAUAGUAGUAACAACAGUUUGGACUGGUUGCCUAUAUGCCAGAGGGGUUCAGAGGAAGAGUCAUCAAAAAAAUAUUCAUCUGCGUCCUCCACCUUCCUAGGCAGUGGUGAAAGUCUUUUCAGUACCUCCAGUGAAGGAAAACAUAUGUCAUCCAUUCCAGGUUUGGGUGGCUAUGACAUAAAAAGACCAGCUACGUCUAUGCCUCCUCCGGAGCCCAUUCGCCCCAAGUAUACUUCAGAAUCAGCCUCGAACAUUCUCCUGCACUUUGGUCUUGAAAAAGAAGACUUGGAACACCUAAUCUCUUACCCAGAAGACCAGAUAACACCUGAGAACCUGCCUUUCAUCCUAAGGCAAAUCAAGCUGGAGAAGGAAAAGAAAGCUGCAAUUGCUGUUCAAUCCAACCCCUACAGUUCAACUCAACCCAUCAGAAGUAUGGGUGAAAAGGACAAGUUUAUUCCUUCCAUGGGGGGAGGGUUCAAUUCAGAUCAAAUAUCAUCCACUGUUCUUAAACCAAGUAAAGUGAUCGAUUAUGGACAUACUGGCAAAUAUACCACAGAGCUUGGGAAUGAAGUUGGAAGAACUGUUGGCAGUUCUGCUGUAGCUGGUGUGAGUGGAAGUUUGCUAUAUACUGACACUUUCAAACCUAGCAGUCAUGUCAAAGAUCCACUUCAAAGAGGCCCUGGAGAGCUGAAAACUGGACCAGCUGUCUCUUCACAUGGCCAGAUGAGUUCUGUCUCCACUGUUGACUCACUGAGGAGCCAUGUGGCACCAUCAAGCAGCGAUCCAUCUAAAAAAUUGGGAGUCCAAACAAGCCAGACUUCAACGUCGCUCUUCCCAUCUUUCGGAUUGCUGAACAAGGACACAGAAUUAAGUCGACUCAAGCCCGAAGGCCCCAAAAUUCCUCCCCCGAAGCAGCCAGAGCCAGCUCGCCAGGCAUCCACUCAACCCCAGCCAUUCAAUCCACCCUGUAAUUUAAGUCGUGGAGUUCAUCCUGGGCGUCCCGGCCUCGUGCUUAUUCACAGUAACGACUCUCACAACAAUAAUAAGAGCAAAACUCAAGGUCAAGGAUUAAAAUCUUCAGAACAGGGGAAUAAGAUACCAGCACAACAGCAGCCAAUUCAGCAGACUCUGCAGCAUCAAGGACCGCCACCACAGAAGCCACAAUUUCAAAUGCAUCUGCAGCCAAUUCUGCAGUUGAAACAAGUACAACAAGGUCCUCCUGCUUCUAUGCCACCCCGGUUGGCUCCCUUUCCAGGUCGUCCUGCUCUACCUACACCAGCCCAAGUUCCAAUCCGUCCUCUUCUUCCUAUGUCAGCCCCAGUGCUACUUCGUCCUUCUCUACCUACACCAGCCCAAGGCCGGAUGGAAGCCAUGCCUCGUAUGCCGCCUCCAGUUUUCAAAGACCAGACAUCAGUACCAAAGAUGGGUCCGUCCAAACUACCAACACCGGCCAUGAUGCAGGACUACGCCGCGGCAACACCAAGAAUAUUUCCUCAUACCUGUUGUCUUUGUAUGAAAGAAUGUACCAAUAUGAAGGACUGGCUCUCCCACCAGAACACUAGCCUUCAUCUCGACAGCUGCAGACUGCUGAGGUUACGAUGCCCUGAUUGGGAUGGGACGACACUGGAGUUAUUGAGUGGUCCAGGUAAAGGUUCCCAACCCUCGCCCACAGCUGUUGGCCAGAGUUUCCAUGAGACUCGUUCCCAUUCCCUUAGCCCUCAACGCCAACGUGGAUCAGAGGACAGCAAGGAAAGUCCGCACCACCAUUAUGGGUCAGAGAGUAGAAGACAAAAACGUAGCAGCCGCUCUCGAUCACAUAGUCCACAACGCCAUCAUUCCUCCGACGGUCAACGAGAGAGACGAAGUAGCAGAUCGCCACACACCUCCAGACACUCUCGCAGGUCCCGCUCUCGUUCCUAUGAUCACCCAACCUCGUCUCACCACCGCUCACGUUCAAGAAGUUACGAGAGACGAUCACCUCCCAGGAAGAGGGAAGCCAAGCGGUCGUCACCAAGGAGAAGCUAUGAGCAUCGAUCGUCUCCAAGAAGAAGCGACGAGAGACACUCGUCACCAAGGAGAAAUCGUGAGGCGCGGUCACCAGCGGAGAGAUCCGCGCCUCAGCGUAAGAGGUCCAGAAGUGCCGACAGACUGGCUAAGAGGCUCCUGGAAACAACAGCUGUCCAGUCUCUGUCCAAACAAUCUAACCUGGAGGCCAUGGUUAAAACUCUGGCUCCUGCGUUACUGGCUGAGCUGGCUAAGAUGAAGUCCUCUUCCAACACAGAGAAGAAGACAUCUUCUGCUAAAUCAGCUAAAGCCACAUCCAGCCAUCCAAAGAGCGGGAAAAGCUUUUCAGCGAAGCCUAUGUCUGCUGAGUCCUUAUCUGCUGGCAAAGUGAGGCUCUCUAGCGUUUCUGCUUCCCUUUCUCAUGACGACAUUUUUGAUGCCUUGGAGAAAUUUGGAAAAGUCAAAGAAGUGAAUAUAGCAAGAGCAUCACUGCAGGCAGCCGUCCAUUUUGAGAAAGAGGCAGAUGCAGAGAAACUGAAGAAAUUACAAUGCUUCCAAGUGAAAGGACUGACUGUCUACAUUGACAAAAAAAUGAAUGUUGUUUCCAAGAAACCUCAGUCGGCGCAGAAAAAGUCUGCAGAGUCCAGUACAACAUCCACUGGGAAAGCUAAGACACCUGCAUUACCUGGGGCUAAAACCAUCACGACAGGCCAAGUUGCUCCAAAAGCAAAGGGUGUCUCCACCAAGCAGGUAGCUGUAAAGAAACCCAAUACAGCUGGAAAAAGUGCAGUAAAACCGUUUGGAGUUAAAAUUAAACAGGGGCCACGAGUCCAAAAAACCAAAAGUCCAGUAAAGACGGCUGAUGCCGACGAUUCUAAAGACGAAGCGACAAACACGAAACCUGAAAGUGAUGAAAUAAAAUCUGCUGAAACUCCCAGUGAGACCGCUGAGGUGAUGAAGACGUCGGAUACGACUGUCGGUGAUGAAGAUAAAGAGGAGAAAAUGGAAGUGACUCCUGUAGCAGAAACAUUGUCAAACCCGGUGAAGGCUGAAACCCAACCAGACGCUUUGGGUGUGAAGGACUUGGAGUCCAAAUCAGCACCGUCAGAAAACCAGCCGGUUGCUGCCAAAGCAGAAAGCCAAGAGCUCCCCCUGGUGUCCAAAACCGUCGACAUAGUGGGAACCUCUGAAGAGAAUCAAGUAGAAGAAUGUCUCAAAGUGGAUUCUGUAAGAAUCAAAGUUGAAGAUGUUGAACGUGGAAAGGCUGAACCAGGAAAACCCAUGGAAAUUUUGAGUUCUGCUGAGUCCAAAGACCAAGUUUCAGAAACUGUAAAACCAGCUGCUAGAGUUAAAACUCCGCCGUGUUUGUCGUCUCCACAUAAAACCUCUGCUGAUCCAGGUCAAACACGGCAAACUGCUGUGAAAACCAAAAAAAUGUUGGAGAGAGACUCAUCGCAGGUCCAGCCGUGUCCGAUGGAGGAAUCGGAACCCUCAGCAGGAAAGUUAAAGACAGAAACUGAGCAACUACAGUCUCCAAAGAAGACAGAAACGAAGCAGGAAGAUGUAAGCAGUCAUCUGACACCAGAGCCUGUGAGCGACGUCGUAGCUGUGAAGCUUGAGGAACCAAAAUCUGCUGAAGCGAAGCCUGAUGAUGGCGUAGCGGCACCAGCUGACGUUUUCUCCCUCGCAGCCGCGGUGAAGACAGAAAAGCAGGAGCAGCAAAAAGAAACGCAACACACAGCAGAGAAAACUGUCAAGUCCUCGACGCCUCUUUCAAAAGAUUCUCAUAAUGAGAAACAGCCUCCACCUCAGACCUGUGCCUCAGUUUCUCCAACUCCAGCAGAACCCAUCCAGUCAGGUUCCGUCAAAGCAGGAUCAACAAAUGUUUCAGAUAUGAAGGCUGGAAAAAACGAAGCGGAGGUCGUUGCAGUCCCGACUGCGUCUUGUAAAUCCAAUGAAAAUCCUGAGAGGAAGCGGUCACCCAGAGCUCCAGUCGUCCCUGCAGAAAAACAAGCCAUGCCUGCUCCGUCCACCUCUACCAUGUCAGUCGCGGCUUUGGGCAACCCAGAGGACGGCGCUGUUGAACUUCCUCAGAUCAAUGAAGAAUUUUUCAGGGUGCUGACAACAGCACUUCGUGAGCACAGACUAAGACAGGGAGAAAAGAAAACAAGUGAAGAGAGUCUCACCAUAAGCAAAACAACCUCUGAAGGUAUGAAGGAGGAAAACGCACCCCUCACAAAGGAUGAAAGCAAAGACGAGGAUAAUUACUCGGAUCCUUUUGAUGAGUUUGGCUUUAACUUUGGGGACUUUGUGACUGUUGAUGAGAUUAGUGAGGAAAUGGAUGACACGCUGGUUGAAGACACCUCUGUUUCAUUAGAGUCGACAUCCAAAGAUGCAACAGGAGGGCAGAGCCUCGAUGUGUCCUCUGCUGCCAGUAAGACCUCAACAAGGUCUUCAAAAAACUGCAAGAGCUCAACUUCUUCCCCAUCCAAGUCUGAGAAGGGCAGUGACUCAUCUGUUAGUGGGGUUAAAACAUCUCCCUCCACUCCUUCUAAUUCUGUAAAAACUCCACCUUCCUCUGCUCAUAAAUCUCAGUCAAACAAGAGUAAGCCUCCCGUUAGGUCAUCAGAAACAUCAUCCUCUGGUCGAAGUACUCGUUCAGCAGCAACCAUCAAAUCAUCUGCAGGAACACAGCAGGUGGGUAAAAAGGAUGUAAAACCUAAAGAGAGUGCAGUGGCAAAGUCUGACCACCAGGCGUCAGCAGAGAGCUGUUCUGCAAAAACUGUUGAGUCAGAGUUGAGGAAAAAAACAUCGAAGAUUCAACCCACAGAGGGACGGAGCUCACAGAUCCAGAAUCUGAAGUCAGAUUUUAAAAAUGUCAAAGAGACGAAGAAAAACGAAGUGAAGGAUAAGAAAAAAGACAUGGCUGGAAAAAGCACAGAGGAGAAGAGGGGCAAUAAUGAGAAUACACAAAUCCUUGAUUCCUUCAAAGAAAAAUCUGAUGAGCAGAAAAAUAAGGAUGUCAAUCAAGACAGAAGAACGGAAAUUCAAAUAUCUGGACCUGAGCAGGACCAGCUCACUCAUCAGGGAGCUGAUAAUGACACCGGCCCAUCAGAUGAAUGCCAGGAAAUGGAAGUAGAUGAGUCCACCAAGCUGCAGGACGGUGCACUUAAAGAUCAGGCUGCCACAGCUGAUGAUGGAAAAGAAGUUCCCAUAACGACGCAGGUUUCUGAAAAGGGUGAGACUAAAGAAGCCCAGAGUUCUGAUGGGCCAUCGGUCAGAGAUACAUCUGAUAAAAACCAAGUGACAAGUGAAGAAACCAACCAGACUCCAAAUAGCAGUAGUGUAAAACAAAAAGAUGACAUCCUUUUAUCAAAGAGAGUCUGUGAAACCUCCAGAGAGGUUGGUCAGACCUCUAACGAAGACCACAAUGGCAGAAAAGACACUUUGAAAGACCAGAAACUUGUAGUUCCCACAGACCUUCUGCCUAAAGCAGAGGAUGAACCCACAGAUAAAGAGACUUACAAGGUCAUAGAUUCAUUGGACGAUCAACCCACAAAAACUGAGACGGAAUCAGAACGAGCAACAAAAGACAGUAAAAUCGUCUCUAGAGAUCUCAAACCAACUGGACAAGGUCAGUCAAAAAGCAAAACAUCUAAAGGUGAAAAAGAAAAAUCACCAAAGGAACAGGACAAAACAAAGCCCGCAGUACGAACAAAGGACAGCAAGACGGAGACAGGGAGUCUUGAGGAUUUUGAGGAAAUGGUCUAUAAAGUUGUGGACUCCAUUGAAGACGAUUCUGUUCAAGAACCCUCAACCACAAGGAGUUGUAGUAGGAGACGAACACCCAGGGGAAACAAAAAAGAUGAGAAGACAUCACCUCCUGUAGAAGAACCUAAGAAAUCUGAUGACAAAGAAGAGGAAGUGUUCACAGUUUUAGACUCUGUGGAAGAGGAAAGUCCCAGUAAAAAACCAGCGGUGACGAGAUCGACUAGAGGAAGAAGAGAAAACACAGCAAAGAAAGUUGAAGAAAGUACUAAAACAAAGCAAGACAAAACCCCCACAAGAAGGCGGCACACACCAGUCAGAGAUUCAAAAGACAAAGAAAAAGAGAAAACUCCCAAAAAAGAUGUUCCUCUUAAGGACAGUGCACCAACAAAGAAGAGUGACACUGGGGAGGCGGACGCUACUCAUCAGGAACUGGACAAUGUUGAGUAUGACCAACCAACUACACAGAAACCAAGAAGAGGAAGACCAAAGAAGGACAGUAAAACUAGUAAAAAACAAACUGAGGAAGAAAAAGAGCCUGUUUAUCAGAUUGUAGAUUCUCUAGAAGAUCAAGAGAAAAACAUGACGGUAGAAUCCAGUCUGCAGAAAGAAAGUAAGACAAACAUUGAAAUGGCUGCAGAUGACAACACAGUUUCCUCACAGAUAAAAUAUCCUAUUGGAGGGGAGGAUGAUGAAGCAGGGGGCGCUAGAGAGGAUCAACCUGCAGAAAAACAGAGGAGCACGUCAAAAAUAGACUUUAAGAAGGAAGAGGAGAGGAAAGAGUUGAUGGAAGUAGCUACUGAUGAGUCAGUGAUUCUACCUGAGAGAGGAGAGAAAGACGUGUCGGCUGCUGCGACUUACAACAGAGAGAUCACAGAGGAAGAAACUCGGGAGGUUGUUGCUCCUAAAGAGGCAGAAGAGGAUCGACGGGAAAAGCAGGGAACUCGGGAGCAAUCAGUGGGCCGUCUAAAGGAUUGGUCGAAUUCAGAUGAAGCCGGUAAAAACGACGAGAAAGAAGACAAAGAAGAAAACGUACAAACUUCAAACUCUUCUAAACGUAAACAUGACGACAACACAGUUGUUGAUGAACAGGAGAAAGAUUUCACCAAACCCGAAGCAAAGCGAUCCUGUUCUCUGUCUCCAAGUGUUCCUGUGGACUUCCAGCUGCCGCCAUUUGACCCCAGCAAUCCUCUGGGUGAGGAAUUUGUGGUUCCCAAGUCUGGAUUUUUCUGUAACUUGUGCUCCAUUUUUUAUUUGAACGAAAGCACCGCCAAGAAAAUCCACUGUAGCAGCCAGAAACAUUACAGCAACCUGCAGAAACAUUACCAGAAGCUAAAACUGAAAACUUCAUAAACAACGACAAUGUGUUCCGACUGAUCAAUUCACAACUGCACUUAAUUUUUCUAUAAGAGGAGAAACCAGAGACUUUCACCCAUUUCAUGUGUUCAUCAUUCACCAUGAUGCUAUCAGUCAGUUGAGAACAUUUUUUAAAUCUUUUUUCUUAAAUCUUUUAGAUUUUUUUGUGCUUUUCUUAGUUUUAGAUGCAAACACUGACAGACAUAUUCUAAAGUUUAAGUGGGAAGAAAAGAAACGAGCGUAGUUUCUUUUCGUUCUGGGAAAGUGGAAAAGUCUUUGAAUAAUAUUAUUUAGCCCUUUUUUGUAAAUGUAAUGUCCUUUCUUCUUGCCUUACUCCCUUAUUUCUUUUUUUUGUGACCUUCCUUCCUUUCUUGUUUUGUCUUUGGUUCUGCUGUACGUUUUUUUCCUUUCCCUCACUGUGCCCUAUUUUCUGUCUUUCUUCCAUUGUCAUCUUUCUUGUUUUUCCCUUCUAUGCAUUCUAUUUUCUGUCCUUCAUUCCUUUCUCCUUCUGUGUUGUCCACAUCUCUUUCUUCCUGUCUUUUCUUGUUUCCUGGCUUCUGCACUAAUUGGUACAGAAACUACUAGCUAGUAGUAACUAGUAGGUUGUUUGAAUCUAGUACUUGUUUGAUGCCUGUACCAACUACCUACUAGUACGAACUAGAAGCUAGUAACUACUAGCUAGUACCAACUAGCUUCAAACAAGCUAGUAGCUAGUAGAAGCUACUGUCUACCACUACCUAGUAGCUAAUAGUUGCAUCUAGCUAUUAGCUUCAAACUAUAAACUAUUAUAGAUUCUAGGCGCUACUUGCUAGUAGUAGCUUGUAGCUUCUGCUAGCUAGUUGUGUCUGAACUCUCCUGUUUUUCCAAAAUCCUUUCCUUGUUCUUUCCAUCCUUUUUUUAAAAAAAAAAUCUCCUUCAUUUCUUUAUAUUUUCUUCACAGGUUCUGUAUUUAAGCUCUGUUCAUUUCAGAAAUGUCAUCUAUAAAUUUAUUGAGAAGUUUAUUGUUUCAUAACUUAACUCAAAUAAAAACUUCAAAACUAAGAAAAAUGUAGUUUGGAGUUUUGUGAAUGAUGUGUUGAAUGCCUGAACAACAGUACUGAACUUAUUAAACAAUUUUUAUAUUUGACA